AUGGCUGACAAGGAAACUGCGCCGGUUCAGGCAACCCAGCAUGUCAAUGUUGAUGAGAAGCACGAGGCAAAGGAUAUCCCCAGCGACGCCGUCCUAGACACCAAGGCCGGCUCUGACAUCGACGCUGAGAAGGGCGAAGGCUUCGAGACCCCAGACGGCGAGGAGCCGACUGAGAGCGAAAAGUUCAACCUCAGGCACAUCGGUGAAAACCUGCCGCUGUCUGCCUGGUUGGUCGCCGUCGUCGAACUCUGCGAGCGUUUCACCUACUAUGGCAUGAACGGCUUGUUCCAAAACUACAUCCAGCGACCGUUCGACGGAAGUGAGGGUCGUGGUGCUCUCGGUCUCGGCCAUCAGGGUGCUACUGGGUUGACCACCUUCUUCCAGUUCUGGUGCUAUGUUACUCCAAUCUUCGGUGCUAUCGUUGCUGAUCAGUACCUUGGAAAGUACAAGGCCAUCCUGUACUUCUGCUUCGUCUACAUUGCCGGUCUUGUCAUCCUCGUUGCUACCUCCGUUCACAGCUCUCUCGCCCAUGGAGCUGGUCUCGGUGGCUUCAUUGCCUCUAUCAUCAUCAUCGGUAUCGGUACCGGUGGUAUUAAGUCCAACGUCGCUCCUCUGAUUGCUGAUCAGUACAAGCGUCGUGUGCCUGCGGUUUCCACCCUCUCUACCGGAGAGCGUGUCAUCAUUGACCCGGCCAUCACCAUCCAGAGAAUCUACAUGAUCUUCUACGCAUGUAUCAACCUUGGCUCUCUCUCUCUGCUGGCAACCCCAUACAUGGAGCUGUACGUUGGCUUCUGGUCCGCCUUUCUGCUCUGUCUCUGCGUGUUCGUUGUCGGAACCGUCACCCUCAUCCUCGGACGCAAUGCGUAUGUUGUCCGACCACCAACCGGCUCCAUCAUCACCAACGCCUUCAGCGCCCUCUGGAUCAUGGCCACAAGCCGGAACAUGGACGCUCCCAAGCCAUCCUAUCAGGCUGAACAUGGCAACCGCCGCACCGUCGCCUGGGACGAUCAGUUCGUCGAGGAACUCAAGCGUGCUCUCGUUGCCUGCAAGGUCUUCGCCUUCUACCCCAUCUACUGGGUCGUCUACAACCAGUUCUCUGGUAACUUCGUCUCCCAAGCCGCUCAGAUGGAAGGCCACGGCAUCCCCAACGAUCUUAUGCAGAACUUCGACCCCAUCGCCAUUCUCGUCUUCAUUCCCAUCCUCGACCGUAUCGUCUACCCCAUCCUUCAGAAGCUUCAUAUCCCUUUCCCUCCAAUCUCCCGUAUCUCUCUCGGUUUCAUCGUCGCAUCCCUCGCCAUGGCCUACGCUGCCAUCGUCCAGACCCUCAUCUACAACGCAGGACCAUGCUACGAUCAACCACUUGCCUGCCCCGCUGCCAAGGUCGAUGGUGUUGCCCAGGGCAACCACGUCCACAUUGCCAUCCAGACUCCUGCAUACAUGCUCAUCGGUAUUUCCGAGAUUUUCGCCUCCGUGUCUGGUCUCGAGUACGCCUACACUAAAGCCCCCGUCUCCAUGAAGUCUUUCGUCCAGUCCAUGUACCUGCUCACCACUGCCUUCGGAUCUGCCAUCGGUGAGGCCCUUGUCCCCGUUGCCUACGACCCUGCCAUCAAGUGGAUGUUCGUCGGUCUUGCCUGUGCUUCCUUCUCCACUGGUAUCCUCUUCUUCAUCAUCUUCCGUGGCCUUAACGCUAAGGAAGAAGAGAUGAACAGAAUGGACAAGGACCAGGUCUAG